CGUUAGCUUGAAAUUCAGACGCGUAUGAGAGGACAUCUUAUAUUAAUAGAAGGCUUGGACCGAUCCGGCAAGUCCACCCAGGUUGAACGGCUUCACACCGCCAUCCCCAACUCAUCUACCCAGAAGUUCCCCGAUCGGUCCACGCGAAUUGGUGCUAUCAUCAAUCAGUACCUCACUGAUGAACUGUUUGUAUUGCCCGACCAAUCGAUUCAUCUUCUAUUCAGCGCCAACCGGUGGGAACUCAUCGACCUGAUGUCCCGGGCGUUGCAGAGCGGUACUACGGUCAUCCUAGACCGCUACAUCUAUUCAGGCAUCGCUUACUCGCUUGCCAAACUGCAUUUUAACCAUAGUGAUAACCAAAUGGCGUCUGUAGAAUGGCUUUAUUCCCCAGACAAGGGUCUUCUCAAACCGGACCUCACGCUCUUCUUGACUUUGAACAUGGACGAGAUCGAUACGCGGGCAGACUUUGGGGACGAGCGGUACGAGAAGAGGGCUUUCCAGGAGGUGGUUAAGGACAACUUUCUCCGGCUUUUAGAUCCCAAGGUCGACUCGUCGAUUCACUUUAUAGACGUCAACCGCCAGUCGAUUGAUGAGGUGGGGCGCACCAUCUGGGACGUGGUGGAGGGCGGCCUGUUCCACCAGCUCACCGACCAGCCCCUUCAGUUCUUUAGCUGAUGUUCAUUGGUUCAUUCAUAUAAAUCUGAUGUUCAUUGGUCAUUCAUAUAAAUCUGUAUAUCCUACUCCAACCGAUCCAACUCCGUUAGCCGUGCCAAGAUCCGGCUCUUCAGAACCUCGUGGAUCUCACCUCCCAAAUAUACUUCGUCUAGUAUCGCAUACAACUUGUAGAAGUUAAACACCAAGUCAAGCUCACACACAUUGUCAAAAUACACAUCGAGAAUCUCCACAAAAAAAUGCAACGACUCUAAGUACGCCAACUCGCUGUCAUUGAUAUCAAUCGACAUGAUGAAGUAUAACCCUGCGUACCUUCGGUACACCAACUUCUUCUCCUGGUACUCGAUGAAGUUGGACUGGUGUUUCAGGUCUCGGGAUGAUACCAACCGGUGGAUCUCAGUGAUGCUCUUGUUCUGCGCACCCCGUGAAUACGUCUUGUCGUACCACCUGCUGAGCCGGGUUUUGCCUUGUCGAUUCAAUAUAAGCACAUAGUGAAUAGACAUGGUAG